AAAAUUUCCCAAGUAAUUUUUUCCGGAAAAAAAUAAUUCCGGGAAAUUUUUUCCGGAAGUUUUUUUCCUUAGGGAAUAAGUGCGGGAACCCUGAUGCCGCCCAAAGAAUAUCGUAAUUAUUUCCAGACGCCAUCACCUGAGGUACAACUCAACCGAGAAAAUAAUGCCUCCGAUAAAAUGAAUAAUGUGAAUUCGCCUAUGGAUCGAUUAUCAAAGGUUCCUCUACCGACAUCAUCAAAGGCCAAAUUCAUUGAAAAGAAACAACCACGUGAUUCGGAUAAGAAGAGCAACGAUAAUUGUACUCAGCACAUCAAUAUGACGAACCUACUGAAAAGAUCCAUUGAGAGAAGCCAGCAAAAAGUCGUGCAACUCAUUGAAGAUUUAACAAAAAAAGUUAAUGUUCUUGUAGAUAACUGGGAGCAAUUAAAAAAUACUCCACAACUAACUCCUAGUGAAGGUAUGGAACGAUACGGCAUGGAUCCUAAAUCUGGUUUCGUGCGACUCGACGAAAAUGGAGUAAGAAAUAUCCACAUUGGAAAAGGCAUUUGGAUGAAAGAGGCAGACUAUGAUGAAGUUGUGUGGACUGCUAACUCAACUAGCGUCUUCGUAAGAAAUAUGGGAUUUAACCUUUUUGGUGAGGAGAUGAAGAAUUUUACUGUGACUGGGAUAACUUCUGCUGUGACCGGGGGAAAAAAGAAGCACUUGAUCCCACAAAAUGCAUUGCUAUCCGAGAAAUCACUGAUUUCUACCUAAGGAAUUAUCGAAAAUGGACGAAUGAGGAAAAGAUUUUAGAAGAAGUAAACAAAGUGGGUUAUUAUUUGGGACUGAAGAUAAACGAUAUGAACCAGAAAGCACGAGAACCAAAAGAGAAGUCUGCAUCAAAGGCAAGAAAGCCAAAAGUUUCACGUGCAAAAACCGACGCUAAACCAAAGAAACAAAAAAAACGAUUAUUAAAAAGAAAAUGAAAGGAGAUGAUCGCGAAGGGCUGAAACCUAUGGCAAGCAUGUCUGAAUUCGAUUGGGAUCUUGAGGAAGACUUAGAUCCAAAUGCAUCAGAUAAUGAUAGCGAUAAUGAUUCAGCGGCAGGAAUACGAGCUCAGCGUGAAUAGAUAUUAUUUAAAGAUUAUGGAAGACCUGAGACAUUGAAGCAUAUUGUUCCUUGUUCAUAAAAUCCUUACUGUGAAGAGGAAAUAGAAUUUACCAUCGGAGUAGGGAAGAGUGAUGAUUUUCCCAACGAUUUAUUUUCGAUUCUAUCCCAAGAAAAUGGCCCAAACCCUCCGCAAGGAUUAAGGGUGACAUAACGGCGGGCAGUCAACUGCACUUUUUUGGAUUUAUGCAAAAAAAAUUUAUUCUGCAAUUUUUUUCUUUGCAUAAAUCAUAAAACGUAUAGUUGACGGCUCUUUGUUAUGACGCCCUCAAUUCUUGGCGAAAAUUUCAGUCAUUUUCAUUGGAUAGAGUCGAAGAUAAUCAGUUUGAAAAUAGUAUAUUACGAUACAAGUGAAAAAAAGUAGUUGUUGACGAGUGUAAGAGUUACAGGCCAAGCCGAAGGCGAGGUCUGAAAUUGCCAAAUUCAAGUGAUAUUGGAAAACUAUGCCAAAAUUAUUAAUGCUUAUAGUAAAUAGAUGUACUCCCCAAAAAUGAUUAUAUUCACAGAAACAUCUAUAGUUUUAGUAACAAGAUAUUAUUGAUUGUGUCUGUCACAAAAGACAGCUACAUUUAUCCUUCAGUGAAUGUUGUCACGUGAUUCUAGCGAUUAGUCAACUUUCCAUAUGGAAACAGAAAAUAGAUGACAUUUAUCUCUUUAAAAUAUAUUUUUUAACUCUAAUAUUAAUAAAUUUCAUCAUCCCAGAAAUAUGAUAGUACUUACCAGAAAUCGUAAUCUAUCUUUACCGAUGAAACAAUCCUUCAAGCACUGAGUAAACAUUUUAUCAAUAGGAUACAAACGGAAAUCCCAUUGAAACCUAAAGAAAAUUCAUUCUCAUUGCCUGGCUCCAAACAUGGCAGUCUUCAAGAACCAAUGGGAUCUUAUUGGUCUUGUUGAUUCCCAUUACUUUUUCCAAGACUGAUCUCUCUCGCGCUCAAAAACAAACCAAUGAGAUCCAAUAUGGAAAUGACAAUAACGUCAUCAUUUCUUAUUACCACAAUUUGUA